AUGGGUCUGUUCAUCACUGGCAUCCUCUCUCUGGACUGUAACUUACUCAAUGUUCGCCUGAGGAGAGUCACCUGGCAGAAUCUGAGACUUCUGAGGAGGAUGAGCAAUUCAUUUCCUAUAGAGUGUCUACAAGAAAGCAAAGCUUUCAAGUUGCCCCAAGAGAUCCUUCCACACAGCCAGCCUCUGAAGAGGAACAUCAAGGAGGCCUUCUACGAAAUGGCCAGACAAGCCUUCCACAUCUUCACUCAAGACACGUUCAAACCCACUUGGGAAGAGACACACCUAGGCCAAGUCCAGGUCGGACUUGAUCACCAGCUGCGGUACCUGGAGCAAUGCUUGGAAGAAGAGGAGGAUGGAAAUGAAGACACAGGAGAGAGGGAAACGCCUCUCUCAGCCAGAAAGGAGACCCUCAGGAGACCCUCAGGAGCUCCGGUCCUCCAGCCAGGCAACCUAGAACUGAGGAGAUAUUUCAACAGGAUAGACAGGUUCCUCAAAGAUAAGAAACGCAGUCCCUGUGCCUGGGAGAUUGUCUGA